AUGAGACAGAGCGGCGCCUCCCAGCCCCUGCUGAUCAACAUGUACCUGCCAGAUCCCGUCGGAGACGGUCUCUUCAAGGAUGGGAAGAGCCCGGGGUGGGGGCCGCUGAGCCCGGCGGUACAGAAAGGCAGCGGGCAGAUCCAGUUGUGGCAGUUUCUGCUGGAGCUACUGGCGGACCGCGCCAACGCCGGCUGCAUCGCGUGGGAGGGUGGCCACGGCGAGUUCAAGCUCACGGACCCAGACGAAGUGGCUCGGCGCUGGGGCGAGCGCAAAAGCAAGCCCAACAUGAACUACGACAAGCUGAGCCGCGCGCUGCGCUACUACUACGACAAGAACAUCAUGAGCAAGGUGCACGGCAAGCGCUACGCCUACCGCUUCGACUUCCAGGGCCUGGCCCAGGCCUGCCAGCCGCCGCCCGCGCACGCCCACGCCGCCGCCGCGGCCGCGGCCGCCGCCGCAGCCGCCCAGGACGGCGCGCUCUACAAGCUGCCAGCCGGCCUCGCCCCGCUGCCCUUCCCCGGCCUCUCCAAACUCAACCUCAUGGCCGCCUCGGCCGGAGUCGCGCCCGCCGGCUUCUCCUACUGGCCCGGCCCGGGCCCCGCCGCCACCGCCGCCGCCACCGCCGCACUCUACCCGAGCCCCGGCUUGCAGCCCCCGCCCGGGCCCUUCGGCGCGGUGGCCGCCGCCUCGCACUUGGGGGGCCACUACCACUAGACGGGGCGGCCGGGUGCCGCGCGCGCCUUCUCCCAGGCGCCGCGCGGCCUCGCUCGAUCCCGUC